AUGGGGCAAGUACCUUCGCUGCCCAAAUCUAAUAUGGCAGUUGAGCGCGCUGUAGCCAACGGCAGUGUCCCGUUUUAAGAUCACGCGAGAAGAGUGAGCCACUCGGCUUUGCUGCAGACGUCAUCACAUGUGACUUAGCUCGUGACGCACAAUUUGUGCUCGCACAUCAGGCGUACGGCAUAGAACGCAGUGGCGGGGCGUAGCGUGGGCGCUGGGAAGGAAUACUCAUUAUUGAAUCAAUAGCAGCAACCAUGCUGGUAGCAAGAUUAGCGUGUUUAUGGACGCUGCCACGCCAGAGUCUCCGUCCUGCGCUUACACAGACCUUCCCAGCUUUAAGGAAUUCCAGCAUAAAAGCGAACCGGUGGAUCUUGCAACCUAACCGGGGGUAUGCCUCCAAAGCAAAAAUGGGUGUGCGGCGUGGAAGAACUGGCCAAGAAAUUAAAGAAGCAGCCUUUGAGCCAGCAAUGGAAACUGCAUUUAAAGUGGACCAGAUGGGAAGAUGGAUUGUUGCCGGAGGGGCUGCUGUUGGUCUUGGAGCUCUAUGUUAUUAUGGAAUGGGAAUGUCAAAUGAAAUUGGAGCCAUUGAAAAAGCUGUUAUUUGGCCUCAGUAUGUGAAAGACCGAAUCCGUUCUACCUACAUGUACUUUGCAGGAAGUGUUGGUUUGACAGCAUUGUCUGCUGUAGCAGUCAGCAGAUCUCCUGCACUCAUGAGCCUCAUGAUGAGAGGUUCUUGGCUGGCAAUAGGUGCAACUUUUGCAGCUAUGAUUGGUGCUGGGAUGCUGGUUAGGUCAAUAUCCUAUGAAGGUAAUCCUGGUACUAAACACCUUGCCUGGAUGCUUCAUGCUGGUGUUAUGGGUGCAGUGGUGGCUCCUUUGACCUUGUUGGGUGGUCCUCUGCUGAUCAGAGCUGCCUGGUACACAGCAGGAAUUGUAGGAGGUCUCUCUACUGUGGCCAUAUGUGCACCAAGUGAAAAGUUUCUGAACAUGGGAGGACCACUGGGAGUAGGCCUGGGCCUUGUUAUUGCUUCGUCAAUUGGAUCUGUGUUCCUGCCUCCUACCUCUGCAUUUGGAGCAGGCCUGUAUUCUGUAGCAGUUUAUGGUGGAUUGAUCCUCUUUGGCAUGUUCCUGCUGUACGACACACAAAAAGUUAUCAAACGUGCAGAGACACACCCAGUGUCCAUAUAUGGAGUAGCAAAGUAUGACCCCAUCAACUCGUGUCUGGGUAUUUACAUGGAUACACUGAACAUCUUUAUUCGAGUGGCCACCAUGCUUGCCACUGGUGGGAGUAGCAGGAAGAAAUGAAUUAAGAUUCUUCUUUGCAACCAUCUGAUAGUUCACCAAACUCUGUCUGCUUAGUGUGUAUGCCUAGUAAAAAUUAAUCUGGUGUACAAGCAGCUUUCAUGUAGAAGUCAGAAGUUUGAAGCACUUCAGCAUUAUUAAGGUGUUUCAGUACAACAUGAAUCUCAAGGAUACGUUUUCCAGUUCUUCUGAAAAGGUCAAAUUUGGAUUACAGUGCAAACACUUGUACGUAAUUUGUGAUAUCUUAAUGGGAAAGAUAUAUUUCAGUAAAUUAUAUUCUAAACUUAAGUAAAUAAAACUAAAUCAGUCUGCUUCUCUGAAAGGUUUGACAACAUAUUAUUCUGUGACUAUCACUUUUUGCAUCUACCAUAAUUGCAUAGUAAAAAGAAACUGAUCUCCAAAAUGGGGACUCAAGUAUACAGAAAGGGGCACAAGAUAACUCAAGAGACUGAUAUUGGAAUAUGGAACCUUGUUGUGCUUAAACAGAAAGUGGUGGUGUUGUCUGAGAGCUGUUGCUGCUAUUGGCUGGCCUUUGGGUGACCUAUCUGAAAGGAAUUGGAGCUCUAUCUACUAGAACUUGACUUAGUCUAUCACAAUUUGUGCCCUUGUAACAUCUCAACUGAAAUUUUAGAAAGGAUUAGGGUGAGUACAGAGAAAUACAAAGGCCUUGGAAAGGCAAUGCAACCCUUCAGGAAUGGUGGACAGUGGUAAAGAAGCUUGUGCUCUUACUUUGUCCUGUGAGUAAAUAGAACUUCAGCACCUUUCCUGAAUAUACUUGAAAAAUUAGUAUUCAGUGUAGCUGUAAUGUUUCGAGCAUCCUUAAUGUUCAUUAGCUGUGUCUGUCUUUGCACUGAGAAGUUAAACAUUGGGAACAUCAAACUACUGAAGUGUUUCCAGAACCAAAAAAUAUUUAGGCUAUAAUGUGUGUGUUGGCCAAUAAAACUAUAGAUUAACUUUUUAAAUACUGAAAUCAACUAAGUUGUUCUUUUUGGUGAUGGCCUCCUGAGGUCUGAGCUCAGUGACUAGUCCCACUCUAAAAUGUGUCUAAUGAUGGUACAGGAACAAAGGGAAGGUGAACUCUAUUCUGCUUUUUUGACCUGUCUUCCAGGCCACAAAACCAAAUGCUGUAUACUUGCAAGUGCUUUUGCCUGUAAUCCUUUGACUCCUCUUCCCAAAUUGCUGUCAUACAACUGGUAUUUUCUUUACCAUAUUUAACAAAAAUGUCCCACUAACAUUGAUGGUGAAUUUCUACAACUGUUUCAUUGUUUGCUCUAGUACCAUACGUGGUUUGGCAAAUACAAGUAUUCUACGCUGGGAGACCAGGUAAGCCUGUGAAAAUAUUGGGCAUAAGCUAUUGCUGGAAAUCCUUAAAAGUAAAUGAGGCCUAUGUAACUGCUGCUGUACUCAUCCUUGUUACCAGUCCUGGCAAAGAUCAAAUCAGCAACUGAGAAACUUAUUUUAUCCUUUCACUGUACUAUGCUGACAAUGUGCUGUGCUUGUGUACUGAUUUCUGAAACAAUAAAGUCCAAGACCAACAGUU